AUGUCUGCCCUCCGUAACAUCAAGAGCCUUGCUCCCCUCCUGGACCGCGUCCUGAUCCAGCGCAUCAAGCCCGAGGCUAAGACCGCCUCCGGUAUCUUCCUCCCCGAGAGCAGCGUCAAGGAGCAGAACGAGGCUAAGGUCCUAGCCGUCGGCCCCGGUGCUUUCGACAAGGACGGCAAGCGCAUUCCAAUGGGUGUCGCUGCCGGUGACAAAGUUCUGAUUCCUCAGGUAUGUUUCGCUUAA